CGGACUAUGUUUGUAGCAUAUGAAGGCGGAUAUGCAAUUCUCAUAAAUAUUUCGAAUAGAACAAUAAUAAUCGCAGUUUCGUCGUGUACGUAUAAAUGUGCAGCAAGUAGUUUAUUUAAAGUUAUUAAUAUGGCUAUGUCUAGUAUUUUAUUAAUGCGAAAAGGUCUUUCAAUAAAUGUAUAGUACGAAUACCGAAACAAAGUAUGAUGUUUCCUAGUAUUACUGCAGCUGCACAAUUUCAUUUUGUACAUAUAUCUUCAAAUAAUGCUAUGAUUUUCUGUGUUUAUUAAUCCCUUAUUCAUUCAUGGAGAUUGAAAUGUUGAAUAUGUUAAGAAAGGAGGUUAUGUUUGAAUUCUAUUUUACGUAUGUAUUUACAUGAUAAGUCAUAAAAAAAAAAAAAAAAAGAAUGAUAGAACAUCAGGAAGUCCUUGAAAAAAAAUUCGUUAAAGAAUUAACGGACAAUUUAAAAGAAAACAGAUUUAAAGAAGUUCUAAACUUUUUUGAAGAUAACAGUUAUGAUGAUAUCAUUAGAGAGUCCUCAUGGGAUAUUGUGUCAACAGUAUCAUCCUACAUUACUACAGAAAAUUCUAAAUGCAAUGGAGACUUGGUUGAAUGUUGUAAAGCAAUAUUAAAUGCUAUAGUAGAAAAAUGUAAUCCUUCCGAGACAGUGUUAGAACUGUUGGAACAAGUAGAAAGUCCAGAAGAUGAUAUAAAAUUUUCUAUAAUUUUAAGUGUGCUUAGUAAAUGUCUUUUUAAAAUGGACAAAAAGAUGAGAGCCAUAGAAUGGUGUAUCAGUACGUUAAGAUCUUAUAUUGAAAGUCUACCAAUACCAGAGAAAGAUUCUCAAGAUAAUAUUGUCAUUAUAAAUAAAAUAAAAAAUGUUUAUAAUGCAGUUAUAUUAUUUUUAGAACCAUUAAUAAAUGAAUCAAGAUUAGAAAAUGCAGGGAAAUGUACCAUAUUAAGAGAUUAUCUUGCUAGCAUUUUAAUCUUUCUAAUGGGAAAACCGUUGUUUUAUUUUCAAAAAGGUGAACUAGAAUCAAGUUUAAAUCAGUCAUUACCUGAGAAAAUUGUAAUACUUGUAAGUCGUGUAACUGGUGACUUGCUUUCAUUUUUAAACAUUGCAAGUACAAGAAGUAAAGAAACCAAGUCCAAGAAGAAGAAUAUAGAUGAGGAGAAUAUUGAUCUAAAAGUAACACUUUUUGAAUUGGAUGAGAACAUAUCAGAUUUGGCAUAUGCUAAUUUCUAUUUCUAUGUUAUAACAAAACUGCAUCUGUGGGAAAAAGUACCACAGAUAUAUGAUUGGCAAUAUAUUUUUGAAGCGUGCAUAUAUCUUAUUAUUAAAUUACUGCAAGAACAAGAAAGCAUUACUAAAGGUUUAAAUCUUUUGGAACAUCUUUUGAUAAGAUUAACAAGACGUUCUUUACCAUUGCAAUCAUUACAGUUAAAUAUAUACUUUGAAUUAUUCAAUGCACUUGUGAAAAUAAUGAUUUAUUCCAAUAACGAUCAAGAAAGAAAAAAAGCUUUAAAUUUAUUUCAAAACUAUAUUGAAAUAUUCGAUAUACAAGCUAGAUACUCAAUUAUUUUGUAUUUAUAUCAAACUAGCGAACAUUCAGGUUUACUGAGCUUAACUACUGGAAUAUUUAAAGCUUCUAUUAUUGAAUGUCUCCAAGCAUCACCUCCUGUACCAUAUUUUUUUGGUAAUAAUCUAGAAAUUUUAAUCAAACUGACUUGUAAAUUACCACAUGGUAGUGCAUCAGAUUUAGUGGAAUUAUCCGACGAAAUAAUCACAAGCUUGAAUCUGUUAAGAUUUCUAUUUAUAAGAGAUGAGCAAAAUCAAACUGGUAUUUGGAACUUAGUAGAUAAACUUCAACAUGAAUAUUUAAAACCAUUGAGAGAAGGAAUACAUCUUUGUAGAGCGCAUUGGAAAGUAAAAAUAAAAGAUUUGGAGGAGCAAAAGAAAACGUACAAAAUAUUUGAAAAUAUAGAAUUAGAAAAAAGUGAUGCGGAGAUAACAUUAACUGUUGGUGAUGAAAAAUUACCAGCAAUGCCAAUUCCAGAAAAAAUUACAUUUUGUUGUCAAGCCAUAAAUGGUCUUGAUGUGAUGGAAAGUGUUUUGAUUAGAGUCAAUGAAUGUAUUGCUAAUAAUUCUUUCAGACUAAAUAUCAAUAAAAUAGUAUCUUCAGAAUAAAAAUUGUACAUUUAUGUAAUAUAUAUAUAAUUCACUAUUGAAUAAAAUCAUUCCUCAUUUAC